UAGCUCCCAAAUGGCAUCUAUGGAGAACAGGACAUAUGUAAAUGAGUUCAUCCUUUUGGGAUUAACAGAUGCUACAGAGGUACAAGUACCCUUUUUCAUUCUGUUCACCCUCAUCUACCUCAUCACCCUUGUGGGGAACCUGGGCAUGAUAGCCUUGAUCUCCUGUGACUCCCGUCUCCAUACUCCCAUGUACUUUUUCCUCAGUAACCUCUCUCUGGUGGAUUUUGGUUACUCCUCAGUUAUUACACCCAAGGUGAUGACUGGGUUUCUCCAAGAGAAUAAGGUUAUCUCUUACAACGGAUGUGCUGCACAGUUGUUCUUUUUUGUAGCCUUUGGGUCCAUUGAAAAUUAUCUCUUGGCCAUCAUGGCCUAUGAUCGCCAUGCAGCUGUGUGUAGACCCUUACAUUACACGACCAUCAUGACAUCAAGUGUGUGUGCUGGCCUGGCCAUUGGUUCCUAUAUCUGUGGCUUUCUGCAUUCUACCAUCCAUACCAUAGACACCUUUAGCCUGUCCUUUUGUAGAUCCAAUGUGAUCCAUCACUUCUUCUGUGACAUCCCCCCACUACUGGCUCUCUCCUGUUCUGAUACCCACAUGAUUCAGUGGGUGGUCUUUAUAAUAGGAGGUUUCAGUGUAUUUUGUGCACUCUUAGUCAUCAUGAUGUCCUAUCUGUUCAUUUUUAUAACCAUCCUGAGCAUCCACUCUGCUGAGGGUCGUCAGAAAGCCUUCUCCACCUGUGCCUCCCACCUAUCAGCAGUGUGCAUAUUGUAUGGGACCAUCAUUUUCAUGUACUUCCAUCCUAAUUCUAGUCAUCACAUAAAUAUAGACAAAAUGGUGUCAGUGUUCUACACCAUGGUCAUUCCCAUGUUGAAUCCUGUAGUCUAUAGCUUGAGAAAUAAAGAGGUCAAGAAUGCUUUUAGGAAAGCUAUGAGAGGGCAAAGAGUUUCUUAG